AUCUGACUAAAUGCAGAACAAUCUUCACCGAGAAAUAUUUAAUUGACAAAUAUAACCUGAUGCUUUGUUAAUUGUAUGUGACGGUGUGUUAAAAGUGUUUAAAAUGCUGCUGGUUUUAUCCGAGGAGCACAAGGAACAUUUAGGAUUCCUAUCGGAAGUAGAUCCUGCGGUCGUUGGUGAAUUCGGCCGAAUUGCUGUGGAGUUUCUGAAAAAGGGCUCGAACCCUAAAAUCUAUGAAGGAGCUGCCCGAAAGCUCAGUGUGUCGUCUGAAAGCGUCCAGCAUGGUGUUGAGGGUUUGAUGUUUCUGCUCACAGAGAGCUCCAAACUCAUGAUCAGUGAGCUGGAUUUCCAGGACUCAGUGCUGGUGUUGGGAUUCCCUGAGCAGCUCAAUGAUCUCCUGCUGCAGCUCUACCUGGAGAACAGGAAGGAGAUUCGGCAGAUCCUCAGUAAACUCGCCCCCAGCAUCCCACAGUACCACAACCUGGAGUGGAGACUCGACGUGCAGCUUGCCAGUCGGGCUCUUCGGCAUCAGGUGAAGCCCACCGUCACCAUGAAACUCCACCUGGAGGAUGGGGCGAAACGCAGCGCUCAUGUCCUGCAGACGGAUCCCGCAACACUACAGCACCUCAUUCAGGAGCUGGAGAGAGCGCUGGCAGAACUCAAGAGCAACCACUGCCGUCGCAUCCUGAGAAACAUUAAAUAAUGCCAGAUACACGAAGAUACACGAAGAGCCGAACUCCACACCAUAUCUCAUAAUCAAAGAUCCGAUUCUGAUUCUGAGCCAUUACUGAUGAGCGGAAUGGUGCGCAGGACUCAUACAGAAGGGAAUCAGUGCAGUGUUGGAUCGUUCACGUCACAUGUAUUAGCAGGUGCCUUAAAGGGGUAGUUCACAAUUAAACAUUUUGACACUCAAA